AUGAAGAUCAAGCAAAACCAGCUGUUCUUCAAACGUAAUGGUGGCCUCCUCUUACAACAACAACUUCAUUUGAAAGCAGACAACAUUCAGAGGACAACAAUCUUCUCCUCCACGGACUUAGACAAUGCUACUGAAGGCUUUAGCACCAACAAGGUGCUUGGACAAGGUGGUUGGGGAACCGUUUACAAGGGCAUGCUUCUAGACGGUAGAAUCGUGGCGGUUAAGAAGUCUAAAGCUAUUGAUGAAAACAAUCUAGAACAAUUCAUCAACGAGCUUAUGAUUCUCUCUCAGAUUAAUUACAGAAACAUCGUCAAGGUACUUGGAAACCCAAGUUCCUAUGCUCGUCUAUGA